AUGAGAGCUGUCAUCUUUGCGACAAACCUUUCACUCAGGAGCAUCCAUACAAGCGGCACAUCAACUAUUGUCGGCGAGCUCAAAGCCAACGCAAAGGCAGACCAAAGUCGUGCGUUUCUUGUCGGGUGGCCAAGGCAAAGUGCUCUUUCGGUCAGCCAUGUGCUCGAUGCGACAAGAAAGGUACAGGCUCAAGAACCUGAUGUUUGGCCGAGCUAUGAACUGCAAGCUACUAGCAGCCUGAAUCCUUCUGAAGACUCGGGUAUUUCACUUGAACUAGAUGGAUUCACAACUGGACUAGACUCAAUGUGGGAUACGAUCACCACAGAUGUCUCCGAAGGCGCAGGUUCCAUCGACAUUCUUUCUUUCGAUUUCAACAAGGAUACACAGAUCCAGGUGCAACCGCAAACCCUCAGUUCUAAGGGAAGUCUUGCCAGAGUAUCGAAUCGCCUCUCCAGCCUCCAGCAUGCAUCCCGCGUCAUAAUGCAGAUGCUAUAUGCGUAUCCACAGAUGAUGCUCAGGCGACAAACCUUCCCACCCUUCAUCCAUCCUCACUGGCAUGAGAAGCGUCUACCCGAAACACUUGCCACUUGUAUGAGUAUCGCUCAACUCUUUGCUGCGAGGACGCCGGAAACAGAGUCAUUUCUAUGGAGAACGAUUAGUGCUGAAGAGGAGCGCUUCCGGGAACAGCUGUAUACCCUGACUCCGCGUGAGGUGCACAUGUGUCUUCAGGUUAUGAUAAUCUACAUGAUGAUGGCGAUGAGCGAAUCGGGAGCAGAAGGCAAAGAGCGCAUUUCCGGGUUAUUCGAAACUACCGAGCUUAUUGGUUCACACUUCCUUGAUCUUGCUGGUAGCUACUCCACAUCCGAGCAAACAGAGCCCAGCUCCACAUGGGAAGACUGGAUCUUCGCAGAAUCACGCAGACGAAUGUCCUGUCUCUGGCUAACUAUCAGCUGUGUCAUCACGAUCGAGAGUGGGAAAAUUUGCGAUGGCUGCAGUGCCUUAGAUACUCUGCCACUUCCGUCCAGCCGGCUGCUUUGGGAGGCUCGAAGUCUGGAAGAAUGGCAGACCGAAAAGGCUUUCCAUGAUAUGAGCAGUCCUCUGAAGACGCUCGGUGAAUUUGUUCGGGCCAAAGAGGACUCGGGAGAUCCGAUACAUGCGCAAAAGCUGCAGACGUGGGAGACGGGGAGUGAUCAGAUGGCUGCAAUGUUGACUCUUGCUGUUGAUUGUAUCGACUAUUCGGAUCGGCGCUCUUCUCCGCCAUCUCAGAAACCGACUGCCAAGCUACCACCCCUCAAGCAACCGCCUGUGGAGAAAACGCCCUUCACGCUACCGUCCAUCAAGUCCCUGAUGCCCGAACAGGUACGACCCCAGGGGGAAUUGCUUCAAGAAGAACAAACCCAAGAGGGCUCUCAUCAAGGACUGCCAGCGGGAUGGCCCGGAAUACAAGAGGAAAUUCCGACUGCAGAAGUGACGCGGGCUAGAGAAUCUCAGAGAGUGUUACCCCAAGACGAACCUUGGGAAGCUUUCAGUCAAGAGCCUAGUAACUACCGGCCUUUAGCCCCUGCGUUGCCAGAAAGGCUACUCAAUGGACUACCAGCGUGCCGGGGUACAAUACCCGAAUCCUCCACGGCGAGUACAAGAACUAGCAGCACAGCAGAUGGCCAGUAUGUUGCCGCCCACAAUCAAACAGAAGAUGAACACAUCUCCCCUGACUCCGCCGGGAGUUCGAUCUACGACCCUCAAAAGCCAGGCCGACAUCAGAGGCAGGGUUGA